AUGCAAGAAAUCCUUGUCAAUCGGUGCGAAGUUUUGGAAGAAAAGAAUUGUACUGAAAAACGUCGUUGCCGAUGUUUGUCAUAUGAUAAGAGUUGUUGGCCAAAUUCUUCCGCAUGGCAAACAUUCAACGAAUCGGUUAAUGGACAGCUCGUCUCAGUUCGACCAUCUGCGGCUCCUUGUAAUUCAAAUCCGUUGAAUGUCGAGGCAUGUACCACAGCUCGACAGCAAUGGAGAAACGCUGUUUGGCGAAGCGAUCAGCCUGGCGCAAUGCAAAAUCAUAAUUGGGAAAAUAGUUCAUGUUCAGUAUUCUAUAACAGUACUUCAUGUCAUCAAGGUUCUGUACCAAUCUUAGCAGUGAAUGCCACAUUGCCUGAACAUGUCGAAGCAACUAUACGAUUUGUUGAGAAAUACAACUUACGACUUGUUGUGAAAGCUACAGGACAUGAUUUUUUUGGUCGAUCCACAGCUGUCGGAUCGUUACUUCUUUGGUUACAUCAUAUGAAAAAUCGUACACUUAUACCGAAAUGGUCGUCGUGUCGAGGAGAGACUUUCGAAAAUGUGAUUCGUGUUGAUGCAGGUGUGCAAUGGGGUGAAGUAUAUCGAUGGUUAGCAACAUAUAAUCUAAUUGCCAUUGGUGGAGCAUCGGCUACAGUUGGUGCUACUGGUGGUUUCUUACAAGGUGGUGGUCAUGGUCCGCUAACACCUUGGAAAGGUUUAGCUGUCGAUCAAGUUCUUCAGUUCGAAGUCGUCUUAGCUGAUGGACGUCGACAAAUAGUAAAUUUUUGUGAAAAUCCUGAUUUAUUCUGGGCGUUACGAGGUGGAGGUGGUGGAACAUUUGCUGUUGUUUUAUCAGCUAUCUUACGAACUUAUCCAACACCAUCGAUCGUCGGCAGCUAUCAAGCAGUCUUUCCACCUACAAAUAGUCGUUAUGCCGAUUUUCUCCAUCAUUUUGUACGAUCAUUACCAGCAUUAUCUAACAUGGGAUGGGCUGGCUACUUUUAUUUGACAGCGAAAACGUUUACACUUGCAUUCCUGUCACCGAACGGUAAUUAUUCCACAGCAUACCAAUCAAUGCAUCAAUUAUUUCAUAAUUUUUCCGAUUUGAAUUUUACGGAACCAUAUGUGUUUACAUUACCUACAUUUUUGGAUUUCUUUUCUGCUCUGAUGGAGGCCACUAAUGAGAAUGGUGACAACUUUAUCAUGGGCUCUCGUCUUCUUCCUGAAGCAAUCAUUCGUAAUCAACCACAGCAAGUAGCAGAUGCAUUUCUACGAAUUAUAGAUAGUGAACAAGACCUUCUCGUUGGACAUUUCACUGCUGGUGGUAAAGUUUCAGAUACAACACAGAACAACAGUGUCAAUCCUCUGUGGCGUACAGCACUUUUACACAUGCUUUCUGCACAAUUUUGGCUUGAUGAAACACCCAUAGAAGAUCAAGUCGAACUAGCUAAACGUGUGACGCAAAAUGUCGGAAUUUUACAAACUGUUUCGGGAGGCGAACAAUCCGGUGCGUAUCUCAAUGAAGCUGAUCCAAAUGAAGUCAAUUGGCAGCAAAAAUUCUUCGGUACACGAGAACAUUAUAACCGACUAAAAACAAUCAAAGAUCGAGUUGAUCCGAAUGGAUUGUUUGUUUGUAAUAAAUGUGUCGGCAGUGAUGACUGGACGGAAGAUUUAAAUUGUCCAAAUCCGAAACGAUCGAUUGCAAAUAAGCACAACUUGUUUUUACCACUUGUCUUAAUUGCAAAAUUCCUUCUAUCGUAUUUUAAAAUCGAUGCUUAA